GUCAAAAGGUCAAACACGACUGAUACUUAAUUUGCUGCGUUCCCUGAUAAGACCAGUUGGUUUUCAGAAAAGGACACAGGGCAGUUAGGACGAAGAAAUGAGCAAAGGAGUUUGGAUUCCACUGGCAGCUCUGUGCAUGUUUAGAGUGUCAGAAUGCCUAGAGUGUUUCAGUUGUCAAAACAUUGCUGACCCCGAUGAGUGCAGAAAUACUUCACAGUGUUCCAGUGGUCAAUCCUGCUCUUUACAAACAUCCCAAGCUGGCUCCGACUUACGCUUCAACAUGGGUGUCAAUACAAUCAGUUAUGCAGUUCCCUCGCUGUUGGCCCACACAGUAUCAUUGGACGCUCCGUUCAGACCAGACAGCAGCCCACAUGUCAUGAAUGCUGCAGUACAGACCGCUGCAAUGAGAACCUUUGUGCUCAUAGAAAACAAAGGGGAAAGCAUUUUUCUGGAUUCAACUUUGAGAUGUGCAAACAUGUGCCAUAUUGCAGCUUCUGAGUGCACUGAUGACGAAAAGCUCGACUGUGCUUUCAUGCACUCAAUUUUUAAUGUCUGCGCAGAUAUUCAUCACGCCAAAAUCACGUGUCCAAAGUUCUGUGGCCUGUGUCAGCUCGUUGAUGGCAACUGGGCGGCAUGGGCCAAUUGGUCUAGCUGCAGUGUGACGUGUGAAGACGGAAAGCAGACCCGAACACGUACUUGCACAAACCCGCAGCCUAGCAAUGGGGGCCUUAACUGCACUGGGCCAGCUAGUGACACGAAAUUGUGUACCAAGCAACUGUGUCCAGUCCAUGGCAACUGGACGGAGUGGUCGACGUGGUCCGGUUGUUCUGUUACGUGCGAUGUCGGGCUUAGGAAAAGAACCAGAUCUUGCACCAAUCCUAAGCCAGACCGGUCUGGCGACUUUUGCGUCGGUGAAUCAAGCGAAUACACAGUUUGCCUUACAGACCCAUGCAGCACAAGAAAUGGCGGCUGGUCCAGUUGGGGUUCGUGGCAGAGCUGUUCAGUCACAUGUGGAGGGGGACUUAAGCUAAGGAGCAGGACCUGUACCAGCCCGAGUCCUUCAGCCUACGGCAAAGCUUGUGAGGGAAACUUUGAGGCGUUCGCUGUGUGCGUUAAUACACCCUGUUAUGCUGUAGCCUUUAACGCUCACGGACACAACGUGUUGUCAAAUUUUGUAAAUGCAUUUCCAACUGUGAUCUUCAACGAAGGGAAUGCGUACCAUGCCAGCUCUGGACAUUUCACAGCUCCUGUGGACGGUUUGUAUUACUUUACUGCGCAAUUCUGCUGUAUCCCUCAACAAGAGUGUGGUUUCUUCAUCGAAAAGUCGAAUGCCAGUAUUAGCAGCAGUACCCAUCUGACGGCUACCUUUGAACAUCACACUACAGAUGUUGCAUGUACAUCGGCCUCUACUUCUGUUAAGCUGAAUAGAAACGAGCACGUCUGGGUGCUUAUCCAGGGCACCUCAUCAUAUUUGUAUGACGGUUAUAAUGGUUGGAACACAUUUACUGGAACUCUGAUCCAAGAGCUCUAAUAAAUAUAUUAAGUUU